AUGUCUAUUGUUCUGCAAAACUGCAUGCUGUCACUAAAGCUGCUGGAAUUGCGAGUACCAAGUUACAUAAAGCUUGGAUCUCAACCUGAAUUAACUUGUCAUUGGGAGCUGGGCCCUCAAGACGUGCUUUAUUCCAUCAAAUGGUACAAAGACGGCCAAGAAUUCUUCCGUUACGUUCCACGAGAUCCUGAACCUCAUAGGAAGUAUUAUUUACCAGGAGUUGAAGUUCAUAAAUCAGAUGAAUUGGCAUCGAACAUAACACUUUGCCCUGCCACACUGGAUUCCGCUGGCCGGUAUAGAUGCGAGGUCUCGGGAGAGAAGCCGCUUUUUCCGACAGUCUCUGAACACGCCAGCAUGGUCGUCGUGGUUCUUCCAGAAUACGGCCCUGUUAUCUCAGGAUUCAGUCCAUACUACCGAAUAGGUGACCAGCUCAGCGUAAACUGUACAUCAGUCAGAUCUCGACCCUCAGUGCGACUGACGUGGUACAUCAAUGGUGAACCAGCGCCGUUCACCUCUGUGACGUCACCACGUGUGGACAAAGAUAAUGAAGGCUACGAAAGUACGAGCCUAGCUUUAUCGUUUCAAAUCAAUGAGCAACAUUUUAUCAAUGGAGGAAUUAAAGUUAAGUGUCUGGCAACAUUAGCUGCAAUAUAUUGGAAAAGCAAUGAAGAAAGUGCUCGUGAAUUAAAUAGUGUGCCUCAAGUGAUGGUUGAAGCAAAAUCAUACAAUGCAAUGAAGGCUAUCGACAUAGAAUCUAGUAAUCGCAGUUAUUCUCGAUUUAGAUUACAGAAUAUGAUCUUAACCUUGUUUAUCUGUGUAAUGUUUUUAAAAGUUAUUAAUAAAAAUUAUUUACUUUAA